AUGCAGCAUCUGCUGCAACAAUUUUAUUCAUCGGCAGAUCCCAAUUCUGUUCCUGCACUAAAUUGGGAGCUUCAGCCGUUGUACACUUCGUCCGCUGGCUUGAGCGAGCAGUACUAUUCUGAUAUUUUACCGAAUGCUAUUCAACCGCGACCACUACAAACUACUUUUUAUCCUGAAAUUAAUUCAAAUGCUACACAAACGGAGACCUUACAUACUCAAGAUACUGAUAUAUCGAAUACUGUGCCAACGGCAACGCGGAUUUCUCUCUAUCCUGAAACCAAUCCGGAUAUCAUCCAAAGGACGUUACAUACUCAAGAUUCUGAUAUUAUACCUAAUAAUGUGCCUGCGGCAUCACAGCCUUCUUUUGACACUGAAAUCAAUCCAAAUAUUACCCUAACGGAAACGUUGCAUACUCAAGUUUCCGAUAUCACUCCAAGCCUCCAAACGUACUCGUUGCAAACUGUUGAGGUAAGCUUGAAAUGA